CGUGUGUGUCUUCUGGAACUACCAACCCGGAAGGGUGCAUCAUCUAUCGAUGUGACCUCGUCAAUGGCAGCCUCAUCUAUGGAAUUGAUGAAUCGAGUCAGUGUACUGCCCUUGACGGUAAAACGUGUGUGUCCUUCUGGAACUACCAAUCCGGAGGGGUGCAGCAUCUAUCGGUGUGACUUCGUCAACGGCAGCCUCACCUACGGAGUUGACGAACCGAGGUGUCAACAUCCCAAUGGGACCUGUCUAAAAGAGAACUAUGAAGAACGGGACACAACGUCCUGCAGCUUGACUACAUGUGCCAAGAAAAUGGAAAUGGACGGAUCAUUCACAAUGAAAAUGCAAAUAAAGCCAUACGGAUGUCAACAUCCGAAUGGGACCUGUCUAGAAGAGAACUUUCUAGACUGGGACGUAACAUCCUGCAACUUAACGACAUGCAAAAAAGAAAUGGAAGUGAACGGAUCAUUUAGAAUGAGACUAGAAGUCAGGACGCAUGGUUGCAUGCUUCCCAGUGGCGUCUGUCUUGGCCCUAAUAGAGCAGUGGUCGACUUCGAUUAUUGUUUCAAGCCACUCUGUCGGAAGUUGUCAGACAGGAGCUUUACAAUUAAAUAUAACUACUUUGGUUGUCCCGUGAACGGUUCGUGUAUUUUGAAAGAAAAUACUGUUAGAGGAGAAGGAUGCGUGAACUACCGAUGUAAAAUAACAAACGGUCGUUCAAAGAUGCAGCUAAAACCGCUAGACUGUGACUUGGGAGAUGGAACUUGUCUUCGUAAUGGGAACGCUAUAAAGGAUGAAGUCUCGUGCUUACAAAAAGAAUGUAAAAUCUUCAAAUAUCCGAACGGCACGUUCUCUACAAGAAUGGUGGAUACCUAUUAUGGAUGUCCCCUCCAAUGGGCGGUGUGAGCCCGCUAGUACUACAUUAGAGGAUUCACAGAACUGUACAACGAAACAAUGCAGGAUAUUCAACAGGGGCCUCAAUAUGAAUUGGAAGCCCGUUCAACAAGGAUGUAUUGUUGGUGGAACGUGUAAGAAUAACACUGAACAUUGGAACGAGGAUACCGAAACAAUGUGUGUGGUGAAACGCUGUAACGUUAGGAGCAGUGGGAGGGGAGGCUUCAACUGGGAGACAGAAAUCGUUCGCCACGGAUGUCGAUAUAACGGCACGUGUCAUUACCAUGGAGACACCUGGAUGGAAGAGAGUUGCUUCACUAAGAAUUGUACAGUCAGUGAAACGCCUGAUGGUGGAUCAAGGGCGAAGACAACCAUUGUUGGUGGAAUUUGCAAGGCGCCAGACGGAUCAUGUGUUCAGUACGGAAGUGACGUCAUGCAGGAAGGCGGGAUUCUUUGUCUUUGUGAGCAGACUGUCUCGUCAGCAGGCUACGCUAUCGGUCGGACUACAUGCCCUCUUCCGGCAAAAUAGAACACAGAUAACAAAAUGACUCGUGAAAUAUACUGCAUGUAAAUUCAAGAUAUUGUGUUAAUUCCCCCGUAGGUCCCUUAUUUAGCUGUAUUUACACUGUUUUUCUCCAAAAACAAAAUAGAACUAAUCGUUAUUAUCAACAUUCUGAUCAUAUGCGUUCAAAUGUUCUUGAUAUAAGUAAUACCAUGUUUUGAAUUGUUGCAAAUAAAGAUAUGCUCUCUUAUGCAA